AUGCAAAUCAAGAACAUCCUCGCCAUUGCCCUUCUCGCUUCUCCAACCUUCGCACUACCUGCUGCUGCAGGACCCAGCGAGAGAGAUGAGCUCAACCUCUUCGAAGCCCGCGCGUUCACCGUCAACGUGGCCACGGCCGAGGCCCAGGCUAAGACGGGUGGCUGCACUAAGGGCAAGAGCGGCUACCCGCACAUGUUUGAGAACAAUGACAGGAUUCACUGGGGCAAUACCGCCAAGGUGAAAACGUGGUUGAAGGACGAGAAAAGGGGUAGCAAUAGAGUUCCUACUGGCUCCAAGAUCCCCGUUCGCGUGGUAUAUAUGGAGGGCAACAACGGCGAAUGGAUCUACUGUGGUGUCAUGAUCCACAAGGAAGUGGAGUCGGAUAAUACUGGCAAGGGGCUCGUCAACAUUUGCUCCUGA